CCCGGCGCCAUGGCGGCUGGUCAGCGGGGGAAGGCCGACACUCUGGCCUUGAGGCGGCGACUCCUCAGCUCUUCCUGCAGGCUCUUUUUUCCUGAGGAUCCCAUUAAGAUUGUCCGGGGCCAAGGGCAGUACAUGUACGAUGAACAGGGAGCAGAAUACAUCGAUUGCAUCAACAAUGUGGCUCACGUUGGGCAUUGCCACCCUCUGGUGGUCCAGGCAGCACAUGAGCAGAACCAGGUGCUCAACACCAACAGCCGAUACCUGCACGACAACAUCGUGGAUUAUGCACAGAGGCUGUCAGAGACCCUGCCGGAGAAGCUCUGUGUGUUUUAUUUCCUGAAUUCUGGGUCAGAAGCUAACGACCUGGCCCUGAGGCUGGCUCGCCAGUACACAGGACAUCAGGACGUGGUGGUAUUAGACCAUGCUUAUCACGGUCACCUGAGCUCCCUGAUCGACAUCAGUCCCUACAAGUUCCGAGACCUAGAUGGCCAGAAGGAAUGGGUCCAUGUGGCACCUCUCCCAGACACGUACCGGGGCCCCUACCGGGAGGACCACCCCAGUCCAGCUCUGGCCUAUGCCGACGAGGUGAAACACGUGGUCAGCAGCGCACAGCAGAAGGGCAGGAAGAUUGCAGCCUUCUUCGCUGAGUCUCUGCCCAGUGUGGGAGGGCAAAUCAUUCCCCCCGCUGGCUUCUUCUCCAAAGUGGCAGAGCACAUCCACAGGGCCGGAGGGGUCUUUGUCGCAGAUGAGAUCCAGGUUGGCUUUGGCCGAGUAGGCAAGCACUUCUGGGCCUUCCAGCUGCAGGGGGAGGAUUUUGUCCCUGACAUUGUCACCAUGGGCAAGUCCAUUGGCAAUGGCCACCCUAUUGCCUGUGUGGCCACAACCCAAGCUGUGGCGAGGGCAUUUGAAGCCACCGGCGUCGAGUACUUCAACACGUUUGGGGGCAGCCCCGUGUCCUGCGCUGUGGGGCUCGCCGUCCUGGAGGUCUUGGAGAAGGAGCAGCUCCAGGCUCAUGCCGCCUGUGUGGGCAGCUUCCUGAUGGAGCUCCUCAGGCAGCAAAAAGUUAAACAUCCCAUCAUCGGUGAUGUCAGGGGUGUUGGACUCUUCAUUGGUGUGGAUCUGAUCAAAGAUGAGGCCACGAGGACGCCAGCAACCGAAGAGGCAGACUAUGUGGUGUCCAGGCUUAAAGAGAAGUACAUUUUGCUGAGCACUGACGGCCCUGGGAGGAACAUCCUCAAGUUUAAGCCCCCAAUGUGCUUCAGCCUGGACAAUGCAAGACGUGUGGUGGCAAAGCUGGAUGCCAUUUUGACUGACAUGGAAGAGAAGGUGAGAAGCUGUGAAACACUCAGUUGCCAGCCCUGCUCAGUCAAGUGUCCUCCAGAAGAAACUCAUCCUACUCAAAUAUUCUAUUGAGAAGGUGACCCUGCACUCCAUCUGACAGACAAAGCUUCAGAGAUUCAGGGUGGGGCUUGCCUGAUACCAUACUACUACCGACUCCUCCUCCAACCACUGGUCUAUUGCUGGGAUAGACCAGAUGCAUGCUCAGGGCCCAGAGUCCAUUUCCUUUUUAACCAAAAAUCUGCCCAAUGGGGUUGAGGACAUUCAAGUUCUCCUGCUCAAAUAAAUCACAACAGUAUAUUCUUAAGGGAAGU